AUGACAAAGGUGGUGAUCAUAGCAAUAUCAUUUCUCUUGUCAUUGUUUACCGUAGCCGUGCCUACAAAACUGCCACGGCUAAGAGGUUCGCCUCGUCCAAUUUGUGUUUCUCAAAUUAGCAUACUGAACUACGCAUGCGGAGGGCUGCCGUUAUCCCCGUUCCCACCUCCAUCUCAUCACCGGAACAGUCACGGUCGCAGUAGUCGCAAGCACAGGCAUAGGCGUAGGCACGGGCAACGCAGGUCGGACAGACAAAACUAUUGUUGUCAAUGGCUGCGGCAGGUGGACGAUGAGUGUGUGUGUGACGUGCUGGCUCACUUGCCUCCCUUCCUUUCCAGGCCUAACCAUCAGUACUCGAUCGCCAUCGGUGAUACCUGCACCAUCAGGUUUUCAUGUGGAGGGCGACUAGUACCAUGA